ACUCCGAUUUGAGCUUUUUGCAAAUAGGAUUCCCAUUGCAUUUUGGUUUUUUUGUCUCUCUGCAGGAGCUCUGCCUUGCUGAAGGCAAAAAGGUGCAGGAAGAAGCUGAUCCAGAUUUGUGUGACGCCUGAGCAGCUUGUGCUCCUUCUGCUUAGGGAAUACAGAGCUGGAGGCAAAACACCGUUUCCCAGGGAGUUGUUCUGGCUGGAGGUUUCCUGAUGAGUCCAGCAGAGGACAAGUGAAGCAGGUACACGGACCACUUGUCAAGAUGUCCACUGAUUCCUCUGAGUCCAAAAAGCAUCCAUCAAAAACCUGUCAGGAGCUACAGUUGGGGGGCAUUACCCAGGAAGAACCAAUGCUGGACAUCUCCCCAGGAGGUGACUGGAUCAAGAGAGAGGAGGAAACUCAUGGAGUGUCUAUAGAAAAGACUGAUCAUCCUGAGCUGAAAAACAACACUGUGAAUCCAGAGCAAACAAAAACACAGGAGGAAACCCCGCUGGAGGCUUGGAGAAAUGAAUCUCACACUUCUCAGAGUGAGUCUGUCCAUAAAAUCCCAUUCCAACAAGAACAAUAUAUUGAGAAAAGGAGAAAUAAAUGUCCCGUAUGUGUGAAACAAUUUAGUAGAAAAUCAAACCUUAAGAGACAUCAGAGAAUUCAUACAGGGGAGAGAGAAGAAAAACGGUAUGAAUGCCCAGACUGUGGUGAAACCUUUGGUCAGACGUCCAACCUGAUUAGACACCAAAGAAUCCACACUGGGGAGAAACCAUAUACUUGCUCAGAGUGCGGAAAGCGCUUCAGUCGGAGUGCAGAUAUUGCUCGCCAUGAAAGAAUCCAUACCGGGGUGAAACCAUAUAAGUGUUCUUUCUGCACUAAAUGCUUUGCUGCUAAAUCAAGCCUGAAUAGCCAUCAGAAAACGCACACAGGAGAAAACCCAUAUAAAUGCUUGGAUUGCGGAAAGGGCUUCAGAUGGAGCACACACCUUAUUAGGCAUCAAAGCGUCCAUACGGGAGAGAGCCCGUAUAAAUGCUCAGAGUGCGGAAAGAGCUUCAAACUGAGUUCAUCUCUUGCUUCCCAUCAAAAAACCCACACGGGGGAGAAAUCAUAUCAGUGUUCAGAGUGUGGGAAGAGUUUUUGCACCAAGUCAAGCCUCGACAAACACCAGAGAACUCACACUGGAGAAAACCCGUAUAAAUGUUUAGAAUGUGGAAAGCGCUUCAGCCACAGUGGAAAUCUUGUUUCACAUCAAAAAGUUCAUACACGAGGGAAACCGUAUAAGUGCCUGGAUUGUGGAAAGAGUUUCAGUCACAAAGGAAAUCUGGUAUCCCACCAAAGACUCCAUACCGGUGAGAAACCAUAUCAAUGUAUGGAGUGUGGAAAGAGUUUUAGUCAUCAUGGAAAUCUUGUUUCACACCAGAGACUCCACACAGGAGAGAACCCCUAUGAAUGCUUAGAAUGUGGGAAGAGCUUCAGAUGGAAUAUACACCUUGUCAAGCAUCAAAGUAUCCAUCUAGGGGAGAGCCCCUAUAAAUGUUUGGUGUGUGGAAAAAGUUUCAAGGUUAGCUCAUCUCUAAUUACGCAUCAGCGUCUUCACACAGGAGAGAAACCAUACCAGUGUCCAGACUGUGGAAAGCAAUUUUGUGCUAAGUCUAGCCUUAAUGAACAUAAAAAAAUGCAUGCAGGAGUGAAACCAUAUAAAUGCCUGGAGUGUGGAAGGAGCUUCAUAUGGAACAGACACCUUAUUAAACAUCAAAGAGUUCACAGUGGGGAGAAACCAUAUAAAUGCUUGGAAUGUGGAAAGAGUUUCAAGGUGAGUUCAUCCCUCACUUCCCAUCGAAGAAUCCACACAGGAGAGAAACCAUAUCAGUGCUUAGAGUGUGGAAAGACCUUCGCAGUGAGCUCAUCCCUAAUUUCCCAUCAAAGACUUCACACAGGGGAGAAACCACAUAAAUGUUCAAAUUGUGGCAAGUGCUUUUUUUCAAAAUCUGGCCUUUAUGAGCAUCAGAGAAUGCACAAGGGAGUGAAACCAUAUGUGUGCUUGGAGUGUGGAAAGAGCUUCAUAUGGAACACACAUCUUAUAAAACAUCAAAGAGUCCAUACAGGAGAGAAACCAUAUAAAUGUUCAGUGUGUGGCCAGAACUUCCGUCUGAGCACAAAGCUUAAGAAUCAUCAAAGAACUCACACAGGGGAGAAACCGUAUCAAUGCUCAAUAUGUGGAAGGAGCUUUACAGCGAGCUCCUCUCUGGCUUCUCACCAAAGAGCCCACACGGGAGAGAAACCAUAUAAAUACUCAGAGUGCAGAAAGACCGAUAGGGGGAGCACAAGCCAUUUUUCACAUAACUGCAAUCAAACUAGGACAGAGCAGGGUGUGGAAAGAGCACCAGUCAGCGUGCAACCCUUACUUCUCGUCAAAGAACCUACAGAGGGGAGAAACAGCAUGAAUGUUUGGAGGGUGGAAAGUGCUUCAAGGGAAGCACAUGCCUAAAUUUUGCAAUAAAUAAAUCCACACACGGGAGAAAGAGUUGCCAGUGGGCCAAACAACA